UAAGAGUAGUUGUAUAAAAUAUGCAAAGUAAAACUGGGAUAAUUAUAUGACAAAAUCAAAGUAACUACCUAAUGUAAUUUAGGUAGGUAUUGCCUCCUGAAGUGAAUACUAUUUUUUCUGAUGGCUGAUCCCACUUUAGUUUAUCCCUACAGAACUUCCUACAAUUGAAGCAGUUAAAAGACUCAACAUGAGUAGUCAAAGGGGAAAUCUUAACAGAUCCAGGGGACAAAAGCAUCAAAAUGCCACAGUUUUUAAAAACAACAAAUACGACAAGAGCAAAAGGACAAAACAAAUUAAUGACUUGGAGGUAGCAGAGGUGUGCAAAAGAUGUCAAGAUGUGAUCGCAUGGAAAAUCAAGUACAAGAAAUAUAAGCUACUCUCUCAGCCAAAAACUUGUACAAAAUGUCACCUAAAGAAAAUUAAGGAUUCCUAUCAUAUUAUAUGCCUUGACUGUGCCAAAGCUUUGGAGAUCUGCUGUAAGUGUGGGAAAAAGGAAGAAAUUGUUGCUCAUAAAUCUCCAUCAGACAAGGAGAAAUUACAAACCAUGGCUCAGCUUGAGGCAGAAGUAAAGGCACUUUCAGAACGAAAACGUCGUGCUUAUUAUAGGUAUAUGGAUAAAUUGAGUGGUAAAAAGAAAAAGAAGAAACCUACUAUGACCGAGUCCUCAGAAGAAGGAAAAGAAGGAGACAGCCUUGAGAGUGCUGAUCAGAAGGAAGAUGAGAACGAAGAAGUUCCGGUAUCCCUGGAAGAAUAUUUCAGAAAUGCCCGUGAAAAAUUAGAAGAGCUCCAGAAGAAGAUGGAAGAAGAUAUUUUCGAUGACUUUGAUGACUUAGAUAUCUGCGGAUCAUCAGAAGAUGAAUUUGAUGAUGUUGACGAUGAUGAGGAUGAUGAUGACUGUGAUAGUGAGUCUGACCAUGAAAGAGCUAACAAUAGUUGAUGAAGAUGUAUGUCUGACAUUACUAAAAAUAUUAAUGGUAGAUGCGUAUAUUAGUCUUUGCAGCACUCAGAAGAGAUAUUGUUUUAUCCUUACUCUGAUCCCAGUAUAUACGUAUUUGUUAUUUCAGAAUUAGGCAUCUUAUGAACUGAGUUCCAUCUUCUUCCUUAUCAACAUCAAAGGGUGGGGAUUCCAAGGAUCAGUAGACUUCAAUUAGCUCAUGUAAUUUAUUUGGGCUUUCAUCUUGGUAGUAGCAGUAGUUUAGACUUUUGUUUUUUUAUAUUUGCGUAGUGUGGUUAAAGAGAUGAAGAUGUGACAUGUCAGGCUAACUUAAUGUUGUUAAUUAGGCCUUUCUGAGAAUGUUCAGGCUACAUUUCCUUUUGGUAUGCUUAGCUCUGUAAUGAACAUAACCGGUAAACAGAGUGACAGAACAAUAUUUCAUAUUGUUUUGUUGCGUUAAAACGUCCUUUUGUUGCGUAGUACAUAGUUUAUUAUUUUAUUUUAUAGAAUCAUUAUCAUGUUUGUUGGAGACUGAUAUUGAAACAUUUACCAUGUUAUUACUAAUAAUGCAUCAAACAGUGUGCAGCACAUUAUUCACCAUACUUUCAAUUUACUACAUGCAUUUGGUCACUGCCUCAGCUUUCAAGGUGCCAAAAUUACUCACAGUGUGACUAAUUUUUCUCCCCUUCUUUACCCUUCUUUUCUGUUCAUUGUCUUUAGUAUUAUUUUCCAAUGUAUUGUUCAAACCCACAAAGAUUUGGAAGCAAAGGAGAAAGGAAACAAAAAAAUAUUUUAAUUGUAGUUAGUGCUUCUUAAUAAAUUUUCUCUGAAUUCAAUAAGAAACUGAA